GGAGCGGGGCGGAGUGGGAAGCGGGUGGAGGCCCUGGAAAAGGAUGACCUGAGAUGAAGUGAGUCCGCCCGUCCCUGCGCCCAAGUGCUGGUCUUUGGCCGGCGGUGACAUUCACUCCAGGAACAUCACAAGCUUUCCACCUUCUCUUGGGCAGCUCAGUGUGGUGGCAACACCAAAGCAGACAUACUGGGGGUCAGAUCCAGACACUGGAGUGGUAGAGGAUCAACUGAGGUAAUAUGAUGAAAGCACCUGGCACAUAGUAGGUACCCAAUAAACACUCAUUUAAAACAAUUUUUUUUCAGACAGGGUCUUACUCUGUUGCCCAGGUUGGAGUGCAGUGGCACGAUCUCAGUUCACUGCAGCCUCCGCCUCCCGAGUUCAAGCGAUCCUCCCACCUCAGCCUCCCAAGUAGCUGGGAUUACAGACACCCACCACGCUCGGCUAAUUUUUGUAUUUUUAGUAGAGAAUACUGUUGGCCAGGCUGGUCUCAAACUCCUGGCCUCAAAUGAUCUGCCCGCCUCGGCCUCCCAAAGUGCUGGGAUUACAGGGGUGAGCACCCUCAGCCAUUUUUCUUAAUAGACUAGUUGUAUGACCUUAAAGUGCUCAGCCACUUUGAGGCUAUUUCCUCAUUUUACAACAGUGGCCACUUUGCUGUUAUUCUGAGCUGUGAAUGAGCAUAUUGGGAAGAAUCUGGUGAGUUAGUUGUUCUGCUCUCCAAAAACAUAUUCCAAGUCUUUACCCAAAACCUGUGCUCUGUGGGAGAGGAUGGUUGAUGAGGCAGGUGACAGGCAGUGUCUGUGUCUAGGGUGGGCUGAUGUCCCUAGAACUGGAGGGUCUUACUUCUCAGUUUGGAGUCAUAGAGGAAUGGAUGACUUCCAGCCUAGCCCUGGACCGCGUGGAGACUGUGCGUUCCCCACGAACAAGCAGCCAGAGUUAGGAUGGGGCCUGACUCAGCUGUUCUUCUGAUGACCAGAAGAUGGGUGUGAACCUGACACGCAGCAACAAGGAGACAGUGAAGCACAGCGAUGUCCUGUUUCUGGCCGUGAAGCCACAUAUCAUCCCCUUCAUUCUGGAUGAGAUUGGGGCCGACAUACAAGCCAGACACAUCGUGGUCUCCUGUGCGGCUGGUGUCACCAUCAGCUCUGUGGAGAAGAAGCUGAUGGCGUUCCAGCCAGCCCCCAAAGUGAUUCGCUGCAUGACCAACACACCUGUGGUAGUGCGGGAAGGCGCUACAGUGUACGCCACGGGCACCCAUGCCCUGGUGGAGGAUGGGCAGCUCCUGGAGCAGCUCAUGAGCAGCGUGGGCUUCUGCACUGAGGUGGAAGAGGACCUCAUCGAUGCCGUCACGGGGCUCAGUGGCAGCGGGCCUGCCUAUGCAUUCAUGGCUCUGGAUGCAUUGGCUGAUGGUGGGGUGAAAAUGGGUUUGCCACGGCGCCUGGCAGUCCGACUCGGGGCCCAGGCCUUGCUGGGAGCUGCCAAGAUGCUGCUGGACUCGGAGCAGCAUCCAUGCCAGCUCAAGGACAAUGUCUGCUCCCCUGGGGGAGCCACCAUCCACGCCCUGCACUUUCUGGAGAGUGGGGGCUUCCGCUCUCUGCUCAUCAAUGCAGUUGAGGCCUCCUGUAUCCGAACACGAGAGCUACAGUCCAUGGCCGACCAAGAAAAGAUCUCCCCAGCUGCCCUUAAGAAGACGCUCCUAGACAGAGUGAAGCUGGAAUCCCCCACAGUCUCCACACUGACCCCCUCCAGCCCAGGGAAGCUCCUUACAAGAAGCCUGGCCCUGGGUGGCAAGAAGGACUAAGGCAGCAUCUACCCACUCUGUGAUUUAGAGCCCUCAGUUGAGAGCCCCUGCCCCACCCCCUCCAUUGCUCCUCCUCACCUUUGCAAGGAGAAAGCAGGCUCAGGUAGUUUUCAGGGCUUUGUGAUAAAACCUCCUUAAAUCUGUUCAGACCAAGCAGUGCGAGCUUCCUCUCCUGUGCCAUGUUGGAAGAUGUUCUGAAGGGGUGAUAGAUGCUGGAAGCCAGACACAACCCUGCAUACCCCACUCAGUUGGCGGAGGCUGGGGCUGGGACUGGAGUCAGCCCAGCUGGGAGGAAGGGCUAGGGAGGAUCUGCAGCUAAAGCCCAAGGCAGGGUUGGUUUGAUGCCAAGGCAAAGUGGUGAGAGAGAAAAUAGGAAAGGGGCUUUUCUCUGAAUUGGUAAAUGGGAACGAAGGGAGCAACUUAAGAUUGUCACAAUCACAAGUAUACAGGAUUAGACUGUGUUUAUAUUUAACUCUUGCUUCAUAAGUGUACCAUUUAAAGAGUGUACCAUUUAAUGCUAAGUUUAACUGCUUUAAUAAAGUUUGUUUUUAAAUAUC